GUGCAACCCAACAAAUACGCGGCGAAGAUGAAGCUGUAUGGGCACGGCAUCGCGUUCGCAGUGGCGCUGGCGAGUCCAGCAAAUGCCCUUAGCGAAGACUGGUUUGGCGACGUGAUGACGCAGACGUUCCCGGAUGUACAGAGUGUGAUGAGCGUCGUCCUGACCAAACCCGAUCCGUGCGAGGUUGCCGUGGCGUCGUUGAUCAAGUCGGACAAGCAAGCCGAUAUGUUUGACGAGCUUUUUGAAAGCUUGUUCCCGAUGCGUGCAUGCAGUGGCCAACUCAUGUUUUCCCAGGCGGAAGAAGAAGAGUGCAUGGCGAUUCAAAGUUCCCCUGCGGUGGAGGACAUGCUUGCGCACGGCAUCACGUCCCCUCCACUUGUGUGCACAUGGCGCCAAUUCUGGGUCGAAGCUGCCGCGUCGAAUGAUCAUGCCGCACCGUUCGAUUCGUGUGAGCUGUGCGAACGCACUGUCACCAUGAUUGAAAACACUUUUGAUAAGCAAGAACUGGCAAUCGAAGUGGUGGAGCAAGCCCUCAAGUUGCUCUGCGAGUACCUUCCGUCGUCGUCGAAAUGCAGCGUUCUCGUCACCCGCCUCGACGACAUUAUCAAGUGGCUCAAGGACGGUUUGAGUCCCAAGCACAUUUGCCAAAAGAUCUCGAUGUGCACUGCUGCUCUCGCUCGCCCAGACGCCGGGUCUGCCAAGGCCUUGUCGAGUCUGCGCGCUUCACCGCAGCACGAUGAGUUGUGCGCGAUCUGCCAGGACAACACAAACGCCAUGCAUUCGUUGGUGAAUGUGCCGCAUGGCCUCAAGCUAUACAAGGACGGGUUGGACGCGGUUUGCGCGCACACUGCCGAUUCAAAAGCGUGUCAAUUCAUGUCCAGCCACUUCCACGUGUUGGCCAAACACCUCGAACAAGGCGACGAUGUUCUCGCGACGUGCCAGAAAGUGCGCGCGUGUGUGACGGAGGCAGCAGUUGCGGCAGCCACCCCGACGUUCCUCGGCUGCGUGUACUGUGAAUUUGUGGGCCAAGUCGUCACAUCGGCGCUGCAUCAAGGCGGCAAGGAUACCUUGCCAGCUGUCAAGGAUGGUCUCGAUGGCCUGUGCAUCAACUUGCCGCCCCAAGCUCAGUGCAAGGUGAUGGACUUGCGCUUCGACGACCUGACCAACAUGAUGGACCAAGGCAAGACACCAAGAGAGGGGUGCGAGGCUGUCCAGAUGUGCUCCCCCUUGGAAGCGGCGGCUGCUGCCCGUCCACCGUCGGUGGAAGCCAAGCCCGCGCACUUGUUGUCGAUUCUAGAGAAAAUGGUGGACGAGUUGGCGGCGCCGACGUAUGACGUGACGCAUUACGUGGGUUGUACGACUUGCGAACACGUGGCUUAUGCGAUCCAAAAAGUGGAAAAGGCGCACAAGACGUCGUUGCCCGAGUUGAAAAAGGCAAUUUCGAUCGUUUGCCACUUCUUGCCCCCUUGUACCAAGUGUCGCGACAUUGUGGCCAAGUUUGACGAGCUGGAAGCAUUAUUGAAGAAGGGCAAGCACGCGAAACUCGCCUGCACGGACUUGGGCUUUUGCAUACCGGAAGUCGAAACCCUCGGCACGACUCGCGUCGACGCCGCAUUGAAACAGGUCGAAGCUCAAGUGCACAAGGCGCUCGCGGUUCCCCACGGCGUCAAGGCAGACAUUUUGGGCUGUGUGAUGUGCCAGGCGACCGGUGAAGUUAUUGUCGAAGUGGCCAAAUACUCCAAGGACGUCGUGCCUCUGGUCAAGAUUGGGAUGGAAACGCUGUGCACGCGCCUGCCGCCCGAGGCCAAGUGCUCGACAGUCUUGACGGCGUUUGACGAGUUGGCGCAGCUGAUUGAAGUCGGGUCGUCGCCAUUGCAAGCGUGUGUCCACGUGCAGCUGUGUGAUGAAAUUGAAAAGUCGGCGGUCGUGGAGAAGGCGCUGCAAAAGGUCGAGUCGACCGUGUCGACGUGGGGCAAGGACGACGAAGUGACGUGCGAAAUGUGCGAAGCGGUCGCGACCACCAUCAUGUCCAUUGAAAAGGUCAACAAGCAGUACCUCAUGGCGUUCAAGAUUGGGUUGGAAGUGCUCUGCGAUCGAUUCCAGACGCCGCAGUGCGUCCGAGUCAUGCCCGAGUUUGACCACUUGGUGAAUCUCGUCGAAGGUGGCAAGAACUUUUUGGAAGCUUGUAACGAAGUCAAGUUGUGCGAAGCGAAGCAAGCGCUCCAUUUGCCAUUGCUAUCUUCAGUAGACAAAGUGAACGCGAUAGAGACGACUGUCCAGAGCUGGUUGACUGUGACUCCGGUCUCUGCUGACAAGGACGUGCUGACUUGCGUCUUUUGCGAGUAUGUGGGCCUUGUUAUUGCCAAGGUUGUCACGGUCGACAAGUCCAUCUUGCCGUUUCUCAAGCCAGGGUUUGAAAUUUUGUGCGCAAAGCUUCCCGUCGAAGCGCAGUGCGAGAAGGUCGUGUCCAAGUUUGAUGCGCUCGUGGGGCUGAUUGAAGCCGGGACCGCGGCCUCGCAAGCGUGUGGCAAAGUCGAACUAUGCUCUGUGGCGACCCCAUUGCCCAAAGCACAGUUGGCUCUGCCGACCACGUCACACGGAUUUGUCCAGAGUCAACUUGGGGACUUGGCCAUCAAGAUGCACGCCAUGGAAGCGAAUCGUCCCAAGGACAUGCUGACGUGUUUGUUGUGCGAAGACGUGGCCCAGUUGAUCAAGGUCGUGACCAACUACGACAAGGACGUCGUGCCGCUCUUGAAGACUGGCCUCGAAGCGCUGUGCUCCCAAGUUCAGCAAUUACAAGCCCAGGUGCGUUGCCGUGAUGGUGGGUACUGCCGAGUUGGGGCUGACGCGUGGUUGUGUGCAGUGCAACUCGGUAGUUGGCAAAUUUGACUCGCUCGCGUCGUUGGUGGAGAGCGGGACGAACCCGUCGGAAGCUUGCUUGAAGACGCACUUGUGUGAAAUUGCCAAGCAGUCGACGCUUGACUUGGAAGCCCACGUGACGUCAUGGAUGGCGUCGAAUCGGUCGGUCGGGUCGGACGAGGGGUGUCUGUUUUGCCAGUACGCGUCCGAGUCGAUUGGGGCAGUGAUCAAGGUGGAUAAGCACCAGCUGCCGUUGGUGCGCGAGGCCAUCGGCGCCAUGUGCUCGUUUUUGCCGCCAUCCGUCCAUGUACGUAUGUUGUCGUGCCCACAAGAAUGAUCUCAUGAUGCCGUAGUGUGACGAUGUAAACGAGCAUUUUGAAGACUUGGCCAAAUGGUUGGAAGGCGGUUCCACCGCGUUGGACGUGUGCCACCGCAUUGCCGUGUGCCAAGUUGCGCCGACGCCUGACUCGACAAUCGUGCGAGUCGUGAUUGAUGACGUGGUUGCCAACCAGUAGGGAAGAUGCAGAGAGACACACCAUGUCUUAAGGCUUGUGUGGCCCGUCGGUUGGUUUCAAUUGGAAUUUUACAUUGGUUUGUAUUGAAUGUUGGAGGGUGUCGUUGCAAAGGUUAGAUUCGUGUGGCAUGGCUGCGUCCGCGAACUCCAUCGGGCGCUGGAGGAGGCUGCGGCGGGCUCACAUGUGAGCAGCCUGGGAUACGAAGUAUGCCACUGCUGCCCCCAGAAUCAAGCCAAUGUUGAUGCAUAAACUCGACACCAUCCCAGUCGCGGAGCGUUCGGAAGGGUCGACGCAGUCGUUCACCAACACGACGGUCAGAGUGCCGACAUAUCCAUUGGACAAGGCAAGUGCCAUGACGAGGCCAACUGAGAUGAUGUCAUGAGUGAGCCACACGCCUUUGGCCGCACACACCAGUGCGGGAAUGAGGACGAGGCGCGUGACGACGGCGCGCCAAACGGACUGGGGCGUGAAACCACAGUGACUCCACGCAGCGCCAUAUCGGCCAACGACUUCCAUGGCCGCGUAUAAUGUGAGCAGAAGGAGUGGCCACCACUCGUUGGAGUUCAACAUCGGGGAUUGAAAGCUCCUGAGUUCCGAAACUACCCCUGGGUAGACGGCAAGCGUCGUUGCGUAGUUGAGGACGACGAGUGCUUGGUUUUUCCACACCUUGGUAAGCAAGCGGCAUUGAAAGGAAUGCUGCGUCCUGUCGGCGUGGAGAUGGUCCUGCGUCUGUGGGAGUCGGAGGAGCGCAAAGUAAGCGAUGAUAGCUGACCCAACGGUGACAGCGCCUGCGAAGAAGUACGUGGUGGUGGCCACUGUGAGCAUGCUGGCGGGGAAGCACGCCUUGGACACCACGCGAAAGAUGGCAGUGACAAGGCCAGAAAUGCCCAUUCCAAACUGAACGUGUUCGAUCGCGCCUUUGGGAAACAGCGCCGCUAGGCCAAACACCGAACUGUCGAGGAUCGCUGUGGCAAUUGCGAUCCACACGGUCGAUGUCAGCACCAUGACAUGGCGGUACACUGGAGACGGCACGAGCGCCACAAACGGCAAGACAACCAGCACUGCGACUUGCGUCGCGAGCCCCCCGACGAUGCGAACGUUGUGGCCGCGAACGCCACUGACAAACACAACCCAAACGAGCGUCAACACGCUCGCGACCGUGUACGUCAACGAAAUAUCAAACUCAACGUUGAACGUUGGAAAGAGAAUGUGCCAGUAGUCCACGGGCUGGACAAGCGCCCAGAACGGAAACAAGUAAGCAAACCCGAGCACGGCGAAGAUCACGUCGCUCGUGCGGUCGACGGCGUCCUCGUGGUCCUUGAGCGACGCAUAUUCCAUGUCGAGUCGAAUGAUGC